AUGGCAGCAAUAGUUCAGAGGAUGGCCCGACUUUUGGCAGCAAAAAACGAUCUCGAUGGCAUUAAACGCUUUUCACUGUGUCGUGUUGAAGUGUACAGCGUUGACAUAAAUGAGAUUGAAACACUAGACGUGUACACGACGAUUGCACAGUUUUUAUUAACAGAUCGGCACUUUGCCAGUUAUUUGAAAUGUUUUGUUUAUCUCUCCAAUUACAGCGCAAAUUGCAUUUCAAAUAAAUAG